ACUAUUUGCCUCGCUUCACAGUUAUUGAAUUUCAAGCAGCGCAUCCGUUUGCCGCUUCGGUUGUUCGGGUUCAACACUAACUGUCGUUCGGUUCGGUUGGACAUGUGUAAUUGAUAAAGUAUAUCUUUGAAAUAAUCGAUAAAACAGUUGUGUAUGCAAAUUUUCACGUCCUGGACGUUAAAGUAUCUAAUUAGUUUCACGCGUCUUGAGCGCGUUUUACCAACGACUUUGGAAAGGACUCGCAUAUAAGGACUCAAUAAAAAAGUGGUAGCAGGAUGUUGAUGUUAAAGAUACUCUUUAUGACAACUGUAUUUGCAUUAUCCGAAUGCGGAGUUAUUAGUCCUUAUGCAGGUCAUUAUGGACCACAUGGUCUUGAUGGCCCGGGACCAUUGCACUAUGCGGCCUAUGCUGUUCCACAUGGAGGAGCUGCACUUCCUGUGCCAUAUGCAGCGACGGUACCAAAACCUGCUGCUCCCGAGCCAUACGACCCUGCACCGAAAUACUCCUUCGGCUAUGACAUUCAAGAUGGUUACACUGGCGAUUUGAAGAGCCAACAUGAAACACGUCAUGGCGACGUGGUCAAGGGCAGCUAUUCGGUGGUUGAUCCGGAUGGCACAAAACGUACAGUUGAUUACACCGCUGAUCCGCAUAACGGUUUCAAUGCUGUAGUUCGCAAAGAACCUAUUGCAUAUAAGACAGCACCCAUUCCACCUGCACCAAUUGGGCCGGCAGUGCCUGUUAAGGCACCGGCACUUUCCUAUCCCUUAUCACUGGCUCCAUUAGCGCAUGGUCCAGCUCCACUAUCGGCACCCGCACCCGUUCCAUUACCUGCCGCACCUCCUGGACCCCAUUACGGUGCAGCUUAUCCAGCUUUGGCACACAGUACUGCUUACGCCAGUUAUCCACUCGCUGAUCAUGGACACUAUUAUCCACACUAAGGUUGACGAGCUCAAAGCGACUACUUCGAAUUAUAGCUCUAUUACUAUGAAUUGCUCAUUAAAUAUUACACAUAUCGACAUAUUUCCCUGCUUGCAUCUAUCAGCUACCUCUUAUGUCUUUUUAUAAUAUACAUAUUUACAUAAUUACUCACAUACAUAUAUAUAUAUAUAUAUAUAUAUAGA